AGGUUGCAGUGAAACAGAAAGGCGAAGGGUUCAAAUUAGGGUUUGCGAAUCGCAGCAGCUUCUUUCGAAAAACCGCGUAAAGAUGAGCCGGAGCUUGGCGAUACCAGUGAAGCUACUUCACGAGUCUUCCGGUCAUAUAGUGUCGGUGGAGCUGAAGAGCGGUGAGCUGUACAGAGGAAGCUUGAUCGAGUGUGAGGAUAACUGGAACUGCCAGCUCGAGAACAUCACCUACACCGCCAAGGAUGGUAAGGUAUCACAGCUUGAGCAUGUCUUCAUCAGAGGCAGCAAAGUCAGGUUUAUAGUGAUACCAGACAUGCUGAAGAAUGCUCCAAUGUUUAAGAAAGUGAAUGAGAAAAUCAAGGGAAAGAUAGGUGUAGGAGGCAGAGGUAGAUCUGGUGCAAUGCGAGGCAGAGGUACUGGGCGUGGGACAGGAGGAAGGGGAGGCGCACCACCUGUGAGGAGAUAGAUCUUCUUCGGCCAUGAGACAAAUUCUAUUCAGCAUCCAGCAAUCUUCAGCUUGUCGUUUAUGCAUCUUAUGGUGCGCAUUUUAAGUAAAAUCUCCUACAAAAUGGCAGCCAGAGAGAGAGAGAGAGAAAGGAACUAGUUCUGUAUUUUGUGGGUUGCUAUUGAACACCAUACUGGAUUAUACAAUGUGUUUCAAGUCUUAGUGGAUCAUCUCAUUAUUAUUUUAAGUUCCUAUAUAUAAAAAAGUUCACUAAGAGCAAUUCUAUUGCCUAAGUUAUUAUUCGUGCACCAUGUAUGUAAAUUUUAUCGAUACACA